ACUGGCAGGAAUGGUUCGGCCCGGGUGCUCGGCAAUAGGGCUCCCCCGGAAACCGCAGCGGCGGCUCCUGGGUUCCUCUCUCCUGGCGCCUCGGAGGGCCUCCCCGACUGCCGCCGAGGUGCCGCGGCGCCGGGCAGAGGAGACGCCACCCUCGCAGCGCGUCGGCCUCGCAGCCGGCGGCGGGAAGCGAACGUGCCCUCGAAGUCCAGGGCUCCUGCGAUCCCUUCCCCAGCGCCAUGGCCGUCCCAGGUUGCAACAAGGAUAGUGUUCGAGCCGGGUGUAAAAAAUGUGGCUACCCUGGUCACCUGACUUUUGAAUGCCGCAAUUUCCUCCGAGUAGACCCCAAGAGGGACAUAGUCUUGGAUGUGAGCAGCACAAGCAGUGAAGAGAGUGAUGAAGAGAAUGAGGAACUGAAUAAAUUGCAGGCACUACAAGAAAAAAGAAUAAAUGAAGAAGAGGAGAAGAAAAAAGCAAAAAGCAAAGAGAAAAUCAAGUUGAAAAAAAAAAGGAAAAGGUCUUAUUCAUCCAGUUCUGCUGAAGAGGACACCUCAAAACCAAAGAAACAAAAAUAUCAGAAGAAAGAAAAGAAAAAAGAAAAAAAGAAUAAGUCAAAAAAGGGGAAACAUCACAAAAAGGAAAAAAAGAAGAGAAAAAAGGAAAAGCAUUCCUCCACCCCUACUAUUUCUGAAAUCUCCAAAAAAUAACAGACUGUGGCUUUAAGCCACUAAAUUUAAAAUUUUGGUUUUGAAAAUCAUUUCACCUUCCUUGGAAUUUGCUAUAUAAUUAUGCUUUGCAAUAAAUCACGGGCUUGUUCAUAUGGACAUUUUUUUCACAUAUGAGACCAUUAUCCUCUGGCAAUAUAUUUUUAAUGUACUAUGAUUAUAACAUAUGAAUCAGUCUUAUUACUUGAUAGGUGUGCCCCAAUAUGGAUAUCUGUACAUACAAACACAUCAUUUUUGGUAUUCGUGUCUCUGUACGUUUGACUAGUAUUUUUACUUCAUAAGUUGAUUGUACUAUGGUCAACACAGGUAAUCUACCUGGCAGUUAAUGAGUAUUGCCGAAUCAAGUGUCUACCUUCCAGUGAGAUAGGGGAUAAUGCUUUGCUCUUGACACUGAUGAAUUUAAUAGCUUUUUAUAUCCUAUGAUAAUGUAUGAAGAUAGUAAUAUUCUUCACUGUUGUUUUUUAAUCUCUGUUUUUUUUGGAUGUCAUAGAAGAUGAAGCUGAUUUAUUGGUCUUGACUAGAACUUUUUAAAUGAAUGGAAAAGGAUAAUGAAAAUAUUUAUAACAAAGUUUCAUUGUGUUAUGACAUGCAGCAUUUCUAGUACCUGCCUCCUUAUUUUUGUAACUAUUAAAAUAUUUCUUCCUGUUUAAAAACACAAGCCUAGUUCAGCCUAUUAGUCUCAUAGAGAUAAUGUUGUGUUGGGCAGGAUUUUUAGAAUAGACUCCUGGGUUGUUUUACAAAUGUGCCAUAUUGGCAUGUCUCAGAGUGAUACCUCAAGAACAGAACUCUUUAUUUAGGAGAUGACAAUGAAAUCUUCAUUAGAGCUGAUUUUUAUUGUAUUCCGUAUGUAAAUUUUAUGAAACUUGUUUCUAUGGGUAAUGUGGAAAAUUUUUAUAAAUGUGAACAUAUAUAUUUAUUUGUCUGAAAUAAUUUGUAGUUUUGAAGCAGGUUUCACACCAAAUUAAUGCUUUCAUAAAUGACCAGUUUGGGGUGUUUCUUUUACUUCAGUCAUAAACCUCAGGAGCAGUGAUAAAAAUUUAGGAUUAAGAAUUUUAUUCUGUACUUUUUAAAAUUUAAGAGCCAGGGAGUUGCAUCAUGAAAGUCUUUAUAUAACAAUGGAAAUUUUAUAUGGGUAAGCAUUUUCAAACAAUAUUAGUAGAUAUAAGUGUUUCUUACAUUUUAAAUGUCACAGUGAUCAGUGUUAGUUACUUUACUUAACAUUCGGGUAUCCCUUAUGCCCAAUAACUUAAAUACUUUUAUUGUAGCAGCAUCAGGAGUCAAUCCAUUACCAAUGCACAGCACCAAAGAUUGCAGGUACCUCACUGCGGUGCAGUUUUAAGUUUUCAAAUUGGUAACCUACAGACAUGGCUACAGAUGAACUCAUAAUGGAGAAAUCAGGUAAGUACACAUAUCCUCACAGGCUGGACAGGUGUACUGAUUCUUUCUUCACCCAGCACCCCCCACCUGGCAUGACCUCAGUAAGCCUGGGGAGCCUCACAACCCCUGUUAACGUCUGCUUACCAUGCUCAGCUUCUAGGGAUGCUGCACCCACAUCCCUGUCCUAUCGCGUUACAGCCAUGGAAGCUCUCACACUUACAGCUUUUCCAUACCUAAUUUAGUCAUAUGGCCAUGAAAAGAAAUUACCUUGUUUAAAUUAGGUUUAGUCAGUUGUUUGGAGAGAAACACAGAGUUAUUAGGUUUUUAAGGGCUUGUUUUGCCUUUGCUGAAUUUUAUGUAUUUUUGAAAUCUGUAUUUUCUGAAAAUAUAGUUCUUUGGCUAUCAAAAUGACCAAAUAAGUAAAAAAAAGUCUUAUUUAAAUUAUUGGAAAGUGCCAUAUGCAAAAGAAUGGUUUCAUCCUAUUGAGUGUGUAACGUGGUUAAUAUGAUAAUUUUAGUGAAUAGAGUUAAUUUAGUUAUUCGUAAGUUUAAUUCUGUUAAUUGUAAAGAUUAUAAUUUGGCUCAUUAAAUUUAUUUCUGCAUGGUGACAUGAUUAAUAAUGGUUCAGAGAGUUACAUAAAAUUCAGCUCUCAUUAACUCUGUGGUAUGCAAAUUAAAAGAUUUUAAUGCUUGGUAAUUAUUUUCCCCCAGAAACAAUCUUGGAAUUAUUCUUAGGUAAAUUUUCUAUCAUAUGAGAAUAGUUUAUGAAACACCUCCUCUGAAUUAAAUAAAUUUGUUUUUACUAAAGUAA